AUGUCUCUUUUAUCGUGCUUUGGCCGGAAAAGCUCUAACCACCAAUAUGAAGAUUAUGUUGAUUUUAUAGAUAUGAACAACUCGGAUCUGGUUGAUGUACCAUUACAUAUAUUUCUAUAUGAAAGGACCCUGGAAAAAUUAUUAUUAUCUUCCAAUCAUAUUAAAGAUUUACCUUCACCUUUAUUCCAUUGCGGUCAGCUAAAAGUACUACAUAUAAGUGACAAUAGAUUAGAACAUCUUCCAAAAGCAAUUGGAUCUUUGGUGAAUCUUGUUGAGCUAGAUGUGAGCAGAAAUUAUUUAUCAACAAUUGAUGAAAAUAUUAAGAAUUGUAAAAAACUUUCUAUUUUAAACUUAAGUGCAAACCCUAUUUCAAUAUUCCCAAUACCUUUGACGCAAGUAUUGUCUUUAGAAGAACUCUGUUUAAAUGACACACAAUUAGAAUUUAUACCAGCAAACAUUGGUAGACUUAUCAAUCUAAGAGUAUUAGAAUUAAGGGAUAAUAAAAUAUCUCAAAUACCCAAAGCAGUUUCACGUUUGAUGCAAUUAUAUAGACUUGACAUCGGACAAAAUGACUUCAUUGAUUUUCCUACUGCAAUAAGUGAUCUUUAUGGAUUACAUGAGCUGUGGAUUGACUCCAAUGAUAUUGUUGACAUUCCUUCAGAAGUUAGCAACCUACAUGAACUAUGGUAUUUUGAUGCUAGUUAUAAUAGAAUUUCUAAAAUCGAUCAAGAUAUUCAAUAUUGCUCAAAAUUAAAAGAUCUACAUUUAUCAUUUAACAAUUUAAAGAGUUUACCGAAUUCAAUGAAACAUUUACAUGAUUUAGUCACAUUAAAGGUGGAUCAUAAUUGUUUGAAACAAAUGAAUAGUAUUUUUGAAGGUCUUCAGUGCCUGGAAGAACUUGAUGCUUCUUACAAUUGUUUAGAAACUUUAUCACCUACUGUUGGUUUAAUGAGAAAAUUAAAUACCUUACGUUUGGAUGCCAAUCGAUUAACCAGCCUACCAACUGAAAUUUGUAGCUGUAGAAGCUUAAGAGAACUCAGCCUACGAUCUAAUAAUUUAUCAAGUAUGCCCGAUGGCAUUGGAAGCUUACAAAAUUUAGUUGUUUUAACGUUGACACAAAACAAGAUAACAAAUCUUCCCCUUUCAGUUCUUAAGUUAAAAAAUCUAAAUGCACUUUGGCUUUCCGAAAAUCAAAGCAAACCACUUACACCUUUACAAAAUGAUUAUGAACAUGAGACUGGAAAACAUAUUUUAACUUGUUAUUUAUUACCACAAAGAGAAGAGAGCUAUAUAGAAAUUAAAGAUCAAAAUCGUAAACCUCUUAAAACAAAUACAAGAAUCAGGUUUACUGAGGAUUCUGGUUUAGAAGAACCAGGAAAUUUAAUGAGAGUUCCUACACCACACCCAAAAAAAAUGAGAGCAUUUGCAAAAAUGUUAUUGGAAAGGAAAAAAAAAAAUAAUGAAAUAUCAAGUGAAUUUGACACACAACUUCCUACUGAAAUUGAUAAUUGCUCAAUAAUAGAUCAUGAAGCAGAAAAAAUGGAACAACUUUAUCAAAUGAAAAAUUGUGUGAUUGAGCCAGAAAAAAUAUAUGAACCAAAAGUGAACACACAAAGAGUUCCGCCUCCAUACCAUAUUGCAGCGGCAUACUCAAAACAAGUAACAUUUUUUAAUAAUGAAAACCUUAGCUGA